GUCCAAGGUCGUUGAAACAGAACGGCGGGCAGCUUUGAAAGGACCUAUCCUUAGUGUAUGAGAUUUUCUCAGGCGUUUACAUCUAAUGUCAGAGCUGUUAUUAUCGGACCUCCUGGCUCGGGAAAGGCAACCAUCUCUUUGCGUCUGCAGAAAGACUUUGCUUUGAAGUAUAUUUGCUGCGGCGAUAUGCUAAGAAAUCAUGUUGUAUUAAAAACAGAUAUCGGGGAUCAGGUAAGCAGGUUUAUCCAGAAUGGUUCACUUGUUCCGGACAGUUUAGUCACUAAAAUGGUGAUUGCUGAGUGUCAAAGUUACACAAGCGAUAACUUACUCAUUGAUGGAUUUCCGAGAACUAUGAUACAAGCUAAAGACAUUCAAAGACAACUUCCCAUCGCCUGUGUCCUUUGUUUAGAUGUGCCUUUUGAAGAAAUCAUAAAUAGAAUCAGUGGGAGAUACACUCAUCUCCCAAGUGGUAGGACGUACAACGAUAAGUUCAACCCUCCAAAGCGCAAAGUUAGUAUGAUAUCAGCUUGUAAACUAUAUUUCUUGGCAUCUUUUACCGAUUGCUAUAACAUUAUAUCUUUACAUUUAAUUUUUGGGAUUAAUGCGGCCUGGAUCGUUUUUAGCUUUGGUGAAUUGUGUGUGUGAUAAAUCUCCUCUUUCUUAUUUUGUGAUCAUCAUUGUCCAUGUAGAUUUAAGUUAAUUGGUCCUGACUUUUGCAGAUUUUCCUUUCUUAUUCGUUCAGAGUUAGUCUUAAGUUAAUUUCGUCUUAUUUCCAAGGGGAUUCAGUUUAAACACUGGUUAGUCUUUUCCCCUGAGCCAUGAAUAAUUGGGCUCGAAACUGAGUACACAAACAUAUACUAGGUGAGUUACGUGGUCAUUAUUAUUAUCAUGACGUUGCCACAAAAUCACUACAGUCUACACAGUUAGUUGGCAAAUCGGUCCAUGAUCGUCAUCAACUGAAGUGAUUAGGUUGUGUAUCACGUAUGCCUAACCACCAUUCUUACUUAGAAGUUGGUUGAAAGCAAGUUAGGGACAGUUAGGGACUUUAUCUCAUGAAGUCACUGACUGUUGGUUUGAUCCGUAUUGGUAGGUUCGUACUACUUGAUUGAGGGAUAACUGCGAUUAGUAGUUGGAGACUGGGUGAUAAGAUGUUGCGCAGAUGCGUUCACUGCUUACCUUCUUGGCCCUGAGUUCUAGGAUCUAUACAUGCUUUUCCCAUUCUGCCCACCAGUACCAUAUUCUCAUUGUCCAGUCUGUAACCAUAGUUACUAUACUAUUUCGAUCGCUUUUGCUGUUCAUCUUAAUUUCAUCUUGUAAAAUUAUGGUAAGACAACUUGGGCCGAUAUACAUCUUUGCCAGGUUCUACGUUGAUGGUAACUGACUGAUACUUAAUACUAGAAUCAAUUUUCCUGUUAAAUCACCACCUUUAUAAAGCGUUGGUCUGGUUAGACACCAAAUAAAAUGCUCAGAUUUGUCGGUUGAAUACUUCUAAAUCAAUCAGGCGUUAAGGUACUACAAUCUUUCAGUAGGUUCAUGGAAAUUAGUGACUGGGAUUCUCACCAUAAAGAUCUUCCCAUGUUUUGUUGUGCAGCUUUUUACUCAUCGAUUAAUAUUACUAACACUUGUAAGAUAAAAUGCCAUUUCUUGCUGUACAUUGAUCAUACGAAUACCAUAAAAUUUAGGGAGGUUUAACGUGUCAGUAACUUUAACAAUUCUAGAAACAUACUAUUAUGUACUUGCUGCUAUUUUGAUGUCAAAACAUUUAGUGAGUGUAUUCAGCAGUAUUAUAAGCGUCUUGGUUCUAACUCAUCUAGUGAACUCAAUUCGAAUAUUAUUUUUUCAUAUUUCUUCCACGGAAAUCCUGGAAGCACUGGAUGGCCGUUCCGUCCUAGUAUGGGACUCCUCAGCAGUGCACAUCCCGCAGUCCUUCCAGGUUUUCCAAUUGAGUCUAGCUUUAAUCGACUAAGGAAUUCGAUUGUUAAAUUACUAUAAUAUCCAUAAAAACUCCUUUCUGAUCGGAAUAAUCGUAUGCUCACUAGUGACUAGCUUCAAGAGGUAUUUCCUGGAGUCCUAGUGAGAAGUCGUGACCAGUGGAGUUCAACCGGGUCUGUUGUGAGACAGUAACUCACUGAAGACAAUAGUGCACUGUGACGCAAUUUCGUGGAUUGGUUGAAGCUAUACAUUAACUGUUGGAUGCCGGCUCAGUGGUCUGGAGGCUAUGCAUUCACGCGCGAAUCUGAUAAGCCACGGGUUCGAAUCUUGCGAGGCGGGGUCGUGGAUGCGCAAUGCUGUGUCCCACAGUAGGACAAAACGACCGUCUACUGCUUCCAGAUUUUCCAUGGUGGUCUAGCUUUAAUUGACUCAUGAAUUUAACCAUUAAAUUACUAUAUUAUCCACAAAACCACCCUUUCUGAUUAUAAUAUUUCUAUCACUUAGUGAUUAGCUGUCUUUCUUUCAUGUGUAUGUAAGAUUUGUCAAAUAUAUAUUCGGUCUUUCUAAAUGAAACCAUUGCUUUGUAGAAAAGUGUUUGUUAGUUGGGGGUUGAAUUUACUUUUUGCGAGGACAAGAUAAUUACUAUUGUCAUUCACUGGUGGCUCUCUUAUUUUAAUCCUGAUCAUAUCCACAAAAGAAUACCGGGAUUAACUUGAGUGCUGUCUUAUCCCUAACUUCAUUUCGCUGACCGUAAAUAUUUAAUGUUCCAUAAAUUAGAUGAAAUUAGUAUGUAAUCUGAUAACUGUUUAGUGUAUCAGCUUAAGCAUAACAGAUGAGAUGUUGAAACAAGUCAUCUAAUAUAAAUGUUGUGUUACAGCUCCGUUGCAGUCAAAACGGAGUUGAGUUUACGAAGGUUUUUAUGUUUAUAUUUUUGUUAUUCUACAAUGUCCUAUGUUCAUAUUGGAGACACAUAACCAGUCAUCCGUUUAUAACUUUUAAUGUAACCCAUGAACCAUCCUUUUUUAUUACCGCUUUUAUUUUGGAAAUAGGGAUUUGGUUAUGUGAAUGGAGAACCUUUAAUACGCAGAUAUGAUGAUGACCCGAUAACUGUUCGUAAACGUUUGGAUGUCUAUCAACUUUCUACUUUACCAUUGCUAGAUUAUUACGGGUAUGCCAACUCUGACGUUUUCUUUUGAAAGCGUUUGUAAUAUAUUUGAGCAACUACCUUAUUUGUGGUUUUUAUUAUGAAGUGUAUGCAAAAAUUAUCAUUUAAUACUUGAUUGAUGCAAGCUAACAUUUUAAAUUUACAGUUUGCAGUACAAUUAAAUAAUAGAACGGAGUAACCAAGAUGUAAUGGCGUAUUCAGUUGUGAGCAUUCUUGUGUAAGAGCUACCUUAGGUUAAAGAUCCCAUCCCCAAUGAAAGUUAGUUAGGCUAAUUUAAAACCUGAAAUUUUCAGUGUUUUAACUAUCUAACUACUCAGUGAUGACACUCACAGGUCCUUAUAUUCAGAUGUUCAGUGUAACACUGUAUUGGAGCAAACAGUAUUAUUUAGCUUCAUUAUUUAAUGUAGUUAAUGUAUAUUCGAAAGCUAACCCUACAAUACUUAUAAAUGUAAGUUGUUAAUAAUUUCUGUACAAUUUUGAUUAAUAAUGGUUUAUUUUUUUGAACUCUAUUGAAUUAAAUAACCAUUAUAUGCCACAGAAUGUGUCGAUUGUUCCUUAUAAUCACUUUACAGAAUUGUGGAGUUAAAUUGAUAAUUUAUAUUUGACUAUACUACCUAUUUUAGUUUUCAGUAGUAUCCAAUAGUCAUCUAACUUGAAAAUGGUCGGUCAGUCAGUCAGUCAGUCAGCUACAACGUAGGACCAGGCACAUCCAUGCAUCGGUCUAAGUUGCCAUACUUCGUUAGCCUUAGUAGCUACAUAUCUAUCUUAAACAUGGAGAACAUACACCCAUUCAAGCUUAUACUUGGUUUCACAUAUAUAUGUCAUAUGUAUCAUUUUGAUUGUACUGGUUAUCCGUAUGGAUAAUUAUUUACUUUCAUUUGUGCACACUUUAUGUCUGUGAUUGUUUGCAUAUUUGUGUAUGUUAUUGCAUUAACUUCAUGGACUAUAUAAACUCAUUCAACAAUUCAUGCAAUGACUAAUCGCUACAUUAAUCCAUAGAUUAGGCAAUUCAGCGCAUCCCCACUCGCAUGUACUUCUUACACCUUUUAGAUCUUACACGUCUAGGUUUGCUGGUUACAGUUUGUCUGAAAUAUAUCCAUCUCGACGGAUGCUGUUUCAGACUUUUUGACAUGGUGUUAUCAAGUCUCUAUUUGAUUAUAUAACUGGAUUAGUCUAAGGAUUAUGCAAACUUAACACGGAUUCGAAACCACGGUAAUUAAAUUUUAUCACACGGUCAUCGAGAUGUAUGAGGUUUUUUUUAUCUCGUUACUCUAAUAUUCAACAGAAAUAGGAAAGUGACAUAUUUCUCUUUUUUUCCCUUCAUUUCUUUAUAUGCCAAUUAAGAAAACAGAAAAUUUUACAUGUAUUCCAUGGAUGUCGUACAAAUGAACUUUGGCCUCAAGUGUUUAAUAUUUUCUCUCAAUUUGUCAAACCUAUACAGUAUACUGAAUAUGAUACGAAUUAAAGAAUUUCUUUCGUAUUUUUAUUACCGUUAUCAUACUCCUAUUUUAGUAUUAUCGUAAUUGUAUUUUUCGGGAUUUGUUUGUAUAGGAUAGGAUAGUUUUUUGUAUUAUUGUUGUCAAGUAAAAUGUGUAACUGAUCCCU